GAGGAUACUGAAGAUGAUCCAUUAGAAGCUUAUAUGCUUGGUAUCUAUGAUCAAGUCGAGAAAGAAAGCAAAACUACUACUACACAAAAAGAAACAAUCCGUCGUGAUGAUAUCGAAGACGAAGAUUUUGUUGAAAGUUAUGUGAAUCAUAUGAAAAAGAAAGGAAUAGAAGUUGGAAAGAGUCAAAAGCCUAUGGAAAAAGAUGAAAAUGUAAAUUCAGAUGAAGAAGUUUAUGCAACUGCUCGUGCUAUUGAUGCACAACUUGAGUAUGAUUCAGAUGAUAAUCCUAUUGUAGAGCAAAAACGCAAAGAUGUUGAACCAUUGGCACCAAUUGAUUAUAUUGAAAUUGAGAAAAACUUUUAUGAAGAACAUCCUGAAAUUGCAAGUUUAUCUGAUGAUCGUAUUAAACAAUUACAAGUUGAACUUGAUAUGCAUGUAUCUGGCGUCGAUGCAGCAAAGCCUUGUAUUUCAUUCGCACAUUUUGGUUUUGACGAGGCUUUAUUAGAUACAAUUAUAAAAUAUGGAUAUUCUGAACCUACUGGAAUCCAAAAACAGGCAUUUUAUUCAUUUAUACAAGCACUACCUGUUGCAUUAUCUGGUCGAGACAUUAUUGGCAUAGCAAAAACAGGUUCUGGUAAAACAGCAGCAUUCAUAUGGCCAAUGCUGAUACACAUAAUGGAUCAAGAAGAACUUAAAAAAGGAGAAGGACCUAUUGGAUUAAUAUUGGCGCCUACAAGGGAAUUGACAAGUCAAAUUUACAUUGAAGCCAAAAAAUUUGCAAAGAGUUACGGAUUGAGAGUUGCUGCAGUUUAUGGCGGUGCCUCUAAAAUGGAUCAAUUCAAAGAACUGAGACAGGGUAAUAUAGAAAUCCUUGUUGGUACACCAGGAAGACUUAUUGACAUGGUAAAAAUGAAAGCAACAAAUUUCCGUCGAGUUAGUUUCUUGGUCCUUGAUGAAGCUGAUCGAAUGUUUGAUCUUGGAUUUGAACCACAAGUACGAUCCAUAUGUGAUAAUAUCCGACCAGAUAGACAAACAUUACUUUUUAGUGCAACCUUUCCCAAAAAAGUGGAAAAAUUAGCUCGUGAAGUUACAACAGAACCUAUUAGAAUAUCAAUUGGCAAUAUUGGACAGGCAAAUACUGAUAUCACACAAGUAUUUGUUAUUCUAACCGAUGAUGGGUAUAAAUGGGACUGGCUGAUUUCGAAUUUAGUGGCACUUUGUGUUGAUGGCAGCGUCUUAAUUUUUGUUAGUCGCAAAGGUGGAGUUGACGAAUUAUCCCUGAAUCUUCGACAAGCUGGUCAUGAAUGCGGCGCUUUGCAUGGUGAUAUGAUGCAGUCAGAACGUGACAAAGUAUUAAAAGAUUUUAAGAAUAGUAAAUUUUCUGUGUUGGUGGCAACUGAUGUAGCUGCAAGAGGUCUUGACAUCAAAUCAGUUAAGACUGUGAUUAAUUAUGAUAUCGCAAGAGAUAUUGAUUCUCAUGUACAUCGAAUUGGAAGGACAGGAAGAGCGGGCGAAAAGGGUACCGCAUAUACGUUUAUUACAAAGAAAGAAGAUAAAUUUGCAGGUGAUUUGGUUAGAAAUCUUGAAUUAGCUGGACAAAUUGUCCCAACUGAUUUGAUGGAUUUGGCAAUGCAGAAUAAUAGAUUCCGCAAAUCAAGAAAUAUGAUUAGAGGAAGACGUGGUGGAAAAAGUGGUCGUGGACGAGGUCGCGGCGGAAGUGGUCGUGGUGCAGUUGGUUCUAGUUCAAAUUCUAUUCCACUUGGAGGAGGAAGAGCAGGAAUUGGAAGUGAUGAUGGUGGACGUAGUAGUGGCGGUGUACAAAUACCACCUCCACCGCAUCUUGAUGCUGGUCCUCCUGCCAAAAAGAUUUUUUCAAAAAUUCAAAUGAAUUUUCAUAAAGCGACAUCAGCUGAAUCAGGAUUAGGAUUACUUAGAUCAACAACUGCUAAUAGUAAUACACAAUCUCCUUCAAAUCAAUCACAACAAUCUACGGGAACUUUACGUAAACGUCGUUGGGAUUCUAAAUAA